UGUCAAAGUCAGCUAAGAAAUGAAAACAUUAAAAACAUAAAUAAUUAUUGAGCUACUAAAAAUAUUAUUCUAUUUCUGUGAUAAAUGAAAUUGUUUUUCAAAUUAAAUUAAUUUAGCCAGUGGCCCAGUUGUUUAGUGGUAUGGCUGACAAUCCAAGCAGCGACGGCUUGUCGGAAGCAGAAAGGUUAAGAGAGGAAGAAUUGGCACAAGAGUUGGAUCAUAGUGACUCAAAUGAAGACGACUCCCAAGAUAUAUCUUUAGAAAUAGAAGAUAGGCUGCUUAGGGAUGAACCUGAAUAUAUCACAUUAACUAACUGCAAUGAAAGUAUAAACAGCACAGACAAUGAAAACACAAUGAGGGAUCAGUUCACUGAAAGUUUGCAAAAUGUCACAACAGAAGAAGGUCUCGGAAAUGUAUACACAGAAACUGCCGACACAUUCAACCCAAAUGAUGCACUGACUGAUGCUACUGAUCAGUAUGAAUCAUAUAUAAAUGAUUAUACAUUUGACAACAACCAUUCAAUUGAUGACAAUGAAUUAGACAACAGUAGAGAGGUAUUCAAACUAAGAGAAGGGGAUGCUGAUGUAUCAAAUAUGAGUAACUAUCAAAUGAAUGAUAUGUCAAGUAUGGAUUAUCAAACUACAGAGGAAAUGCUGAUGAGUGAAAGGGAAAGGGAGAAAAAAACCAAAAAAGAAAUGGAGGAGGAGGAGAGAGAAAAGAUGCAAGUACUGGUAUCAAACUUCACUGAAGAGCAACUGAAUAGGUAUGAGAUGUAUAGGAGAGCAGCAUUCCCCAAGGCAGCCGUAAAAAGGUUGAUGCAAACCAUCACUGGGUGUUCAGUGGGACAAAAUGUGGUGAUAGCCAUGUCUGGUAUUGCUAAAGUAUUUGUUGGAGAGGUUGUUGAGGAAGCAUUGGAAGUACUGGAGACUUCUGGUGAGCCAGGACCACUGCAGCCGAAACAUCUUAGAGAAGCUCUGAGAAGGCUUCGUGUCAGAGGGGCCAUUCCUACAAGAAAAGGCUACAAGGGCACAUUCAGACUAUAAUCAUAUGAUUAGUACUGUAAAAAUGAUUUGUAAUUGUUUUGGUAUGGUAAUAAUUAAUAUAUUUAAGUUUAACAAUAAAAAUAAGUUUUACAGUAAAUUAAA